AGAGAGAGUGAGAGAGAGAGAGAGAAGAUUGAAAGAUAGGGCACAGGGCGAGUAAUGAUGAUGAUCAUUUAUGUUAAAACACAAAGUUUAUUGUUUUACAGUAUCUGAUUUGUAGCGGACAUAUUUCGAGGAACAGCCGGGGGUAGCUGACAUUUCUGGACAUUUUAAAACAGAGACUUGGGCUUCAGCCAUCCUGCCUGCCUUGGCUGUCUUGAAAAUGGAAGAGCUCCAUACUCACUGUGUUUCGUGUGUGAGUCGGCGGUGCAUGGUCAAGCCCGAGCCUGGCACUUCCUGUGACCUCGUUGCCUGCCCGCUGGUUUGCGGCGCUGUUUUUCACAGCUGUAAAGUAGAUGAACAUCGGUUGCUGUGCCCACUUGAGAGGGUACCGUGCCUCAACCACGGCAUCGGCUGCCCUUUCACACUGGCCCGAGGGAAGCUGGCGGAGCAUCUCGAGGUGUGUCCAGCUGGCGUUGUGUGUUGCACCAUGGAGUGGAACCGGUGGCCGGUGAACGAUGAGGACUACCGCUCCUACGAGAGGUUGAGUCGGGACGCAGAUGAGGAAGAACAGCUAGACAUGGCUCUCGCCUUGCAGGACCAGCGCACCAUGCUGGCCUCACUCAAACUUGUAUCUCUUGCACCCACGAAUUGCCCUGAGAGAAAACCGCAGCUUGUGGAGAUGUGUGAAAAGCCUAGCGUUAUUGCAGAUGUUACGGUUCCCACCAUGGGUCUCGAGGAGGACAUGGAUGCGGCAUCUGUGUCGUGUUGCUCAAAAGACGUAAUCAGCAAUGGGAUUAACGGAUUGAACGAGGAGCAUUAUGGUGAACUGUACCAAACCACGGUAGAGACGACCAAAAGCCUGUCUGCCGCUCUGAAUGUUCUGAUACACCUCGACGCAUCAGACACACAGUGUCAGACUACGAGCGUUUCAGCAUUGCAACCAGAGUUAAAUGGAGCGUUACAUGAAGUGUUGCUUAUGAAAGAUGACACUGGGUCCAACUGUGGUAAAAUAGCCAGUGGGGUUAGUGGUUUAAACGAGGAAUUGCAGCCACAACAUCACCAAACCUUGAUGGAAUUGGGGAGAAGCUUGGUCUCUGCUCUUGGUGCACUUGGAGAUGCUGUCAAAGGCUCUGAGCCAAGCUGUAUAGUCAGCAAGACCAAUGGUGGAAUCCAUCAGCCAGAUACUGUUGAAUGUUCAGACAUCGAAAUGAAGGAUAUUACCUCUGAAAAUGAGGUUGAGUUUGGGGCAGUUGGUGGAAUUGGUGAUGGGGAUUUCGACAAACUUCCAGGCCACCGUACUGAAGAACUUUGCACAGAAUCAUCAAACAGACCAAGAGAUGAGGAUGAGCAAAGUUUGUGUAACAACUGUAACAAUGCUGUAGCAUCUAGAAAAUCACAGGACCAUGCUAAGGAACCAGCAGAGUUAGAUGAAUUUUCAGAGCAUGAUGGUUCUCUGGAGUGUGUUGGUCCGUUAAUUCCGCACAGACCAGAAGUGAGACAUGAUCUCGCCACUGUUGUAAUGCAGGAGGCGUCCGAAUCCGAAGCUCCUCUGUUACAGCCGCCUGUGCACGCCCAGGCUCUGGUUGUUCCGAGAGACAUUGUGCUGCCUUCCAUACCGUUAGACUUUGAGGAUAAGGCUUUUGAGAGAAAACUCCAAAACCUUCAGUUGCUCAGAAAUUUUAUGCCUCUUGCACUUAAUGGACGGAAGGGUUGCUUCGCUGAGAGCUUCCCACAGAGACAGCACCGCUGUAAGAUGGAGGACAAAGCUGUGGACACGUCCGAUCUGGAGCAGGAGCCUCAGGAUGACCCCUUGGGCCUUGGUGAGAUCGACUUCACAGCUGCGGCGCUGCUCUUUUGCCUAGAGGAGUCACAACGCACCCGCAGAAUCUCUGACACCGUCUAUGCCUUUGGCGGCUCACGUGUCGAUUUUGGCACUCAGACCUUCAGUUUCCCUGCUGCCAUCUUGGCAACCAGCACCAUGGUUGGCGAGGUGGCGUCUGCUUCGGCCUGUGACCGAGCAGCACCCCGUCUGUCACAGCCAAGUCCCUUUUGUACUUUACGAUUAGAUUUGACCCUGGAGCAGCUAAUGCCGCGACCCAGCUGGGCCCCACGUGAAGGCUCCAUGUUCACGUUUGAAUGUGGCCAGCUGUUCCGCCGAGAAGAGUUCCUCUCGCACUUCCGCAAUGUCCAUGGAGACAUCCACUCAGGGCUGAACGGUUGGAUGGAGCACCGCUGCCCGCUCGCCUAUUAUGGCUGCACCUAUUCCCAGCGCAGGUUCUGCCCAUCCAGGCAGGGAUCAAAGGUCGUCCAUGACCGACACCUCAGGUCAUUUGGGGUUCAGCCCAUAGUGGAAAUAGUACCAGAGCCGGGGUGUGAUCGGCUGAGUGCGUUGCCCUUUGAGAUCCUGCAGCAUGUGGCACGGUUCUUGGAUGGCUUCAGCCUGUGCCAGCUGUCCAUGGUGUCGCGUAGCAUGAGGGAUGUGUGCGCUAGUCUGCUGCAGACACGGGGGAUGGUGGUGGUACAGUGGGAAAAGAGGCAGUAUCCUGAUGGGACGCAAUCCUGGCAGAUAAAAGACAAGGUGUGGCGAUUCAGUACAGCCUUCAGUCCCGUGACCAGGUGGGAGUUUGCAGACAUUUCCAGCAUGGCGGACCACCUGAAACGCUGUCCAUAUAAUGAGGUCCAUAGACAGGUGGAGGCCGUGCCAUUGCCAUGCAUGUGCACGACCAGGGAGCUUACCCGAGGAGGGCGAUCGCUCCGUUCUGUCCUCAAGCCAGUAUUAUAACGACAACGACCGAGCGCAAGAGCUAUAGCACAACCUAACCUAACCUAUUUAAUCAAUAAUAUCCAUCGCGGUGUACAUAAGACGAAUUAUUUUUUUUGAGUUAAAAUUAUUUUUAUAUAAAUAUAUGGUAUAUAAAUCUAACACCUGCUUGGUUUAUGAUCAGGUUUAACGACACGUGCACUGAGAGAGAUUUUCAGUGUUUGCCUUGUUUCUCACAGAAAUGUGGGGGAACGUCUAAAGCUGUUCUGCCCAUGAGGUAACACUAAAAUGACAAAAAAUUUUACUCAAUCGAGCGGAAUCAAACAAAGAGCCUUAAACUGCGUAUUAGUUUCCAUCGAAUGCUGUGUUGCGUUAUGCCCGUACGCGCCGGUUGAUACGAUCGGACAAGACCCUUACAGGAGGAGACGUCUUUCCAGAACAAGCACCGAUGGAGCUAACGGUGAAAGAGAGAUGGUUUCGACUACAUUUAAAAGUGGUGAUACCUUCUCACUACCAGCUGUCAUUCAUUGUUAGUAAUCUACUGCACAGAUUCCCAACCCUGUCCCUGGAGUUCCCUCUGUCCUACUCAGGAAGUAACCCCUCUUCCACUCAACCCCCCACAACUCAGGAAGGGUUCUUAAUUAAUUAACUCAUUAAUUGAAUCAGAUGUAUUCGAGCAGGGAAAACACAGAAAUAUGCAGGGCAGAGGGUACUCCAGGACUCGCAAAACCUGUGAUCUUGUGCUGAUUUUUAAUACAUUUUCAGUUUUUGUUUUGAUGACCAACAGCUGAUCCUAAUCUAACACCCAACCUCUGUGAUUCUGUGUAAUAAAAAGGAUUUCAUGAGUAAAGGUGUCGACUUAGGAUCAGAGUUUGGCAAUUACAUUGACUGGAUGUCAUACUCCACACACACACACACACACACACACGUUUGCUAUUUCCAUCCGAAUACACUUUUGUUUCACUUUCUCACAGUAUUAGCUGUCAAUGUAUGUACAACCCAGAGACUGGCAUCAUUGUCAUCAUCCAUCGCUUAUUUGAGGAGAAAAUGAGGGUUCACUUUUAAAAGACACUCCACAAGCACUUAAUACAUUUUCAAAAGCAUGAUAUAAUAUAGCAUCUUCCUAAAUAUUGUAAACACUCAUAACGUCAACGUUUACGUGCUGAAUGUUUUAUAUCUCCAUGUCCUAAGUUGAGGAGUGCAUGUUGAAUGAGAACGUUUGUGGAUUAUCACAUUUCCAAAAGCGUUACACUGCAGUUAAUCUGUUGGGUAAUGAGAGUUUGGUUUCCUUCCUUUCAUCCGUGCACACUUCGUUUUUGCGUCUCUCAGCUUUCCGUUAAAUUUUUUUAAGCACAUCCAGAGCUGAAUCAGAUUGAGGAUUGGGAUUGAAAAGCACUGAUUUAGCUCAUAACCCCAAAGCCAAUUUUUUGUGUUUGUCUGCGUAAUCCCAAUGAAGGCCUUAUGGAGUGUUGUGGGGGGUUUGUUUGUUUGUUUGUUUGUUUGUUUUUGUUUUUUAAUUCUUGCUGCUGCUGAAGAAGAAGGAAAAAGUGUUUGCCUGACCAAGUGCGCCGGCACCAAUGAUCUGGAGAGAUUAAGCCAGGAUGUUAUAUAGUCUGGACCUAUAUAAUCUGCAUGUGGUUUUUGGUUGUGUUGAAUAAAAAGAUAUUUUAUCA